UAUUGGACUGGUGUUGGACGGACGACGGUGUUUCGAUCUCAGAAAAGUCGCGUCGUUCUCUACAAAAACCAACGCUCUUCUCUUCGAUCCGUUUUUUUUUUUUUUUUUUUUUUUGCAAUAACGCACGUGCGCGCAUCCGACUACAAAUACGUCAUGUCCUGUGGUGGGGUGUGGCGAAACGCAUCAAAACCUUGUUCGGGUCUUCUCGUGACGUAUGCAAACGCAUAAAAUCUCGUCUUUCUGAUUUGGAUUAUAAAGCUUCAACGAAUCAACGACCGCUCUCCAUCAACAUUUCCUUUUUUCUACCAUUAUAUCAAUUUUUCACGUCGCGCAAUUUUCCGCUCCGGACGACAUACAUAAAUAACGCUUCCUACUGUCACUUAAGCUCAACCAUCAUCAACGCGAAUUUCUACCCUUUCGAUUUCGAACUGACAAGAGGAAAAAAAAUACACUUUUCCACAAGAAUUUUUAAAUGCAAUUCCGUUGUAAUUAUCCUCAAAGCUAUGGUGUGUACGAAACAGUAAUCUUGUACAGAGCAAUCGGAUCAUCGAAUGGUUUAUUAUUCUUCGAGUCCAGAACUGUAUGUGGAUAAACCUUGAAAGUACUGAGAGUAUUGCAUUCACCGCCGGGACGCUUCUCUUUCUUAUUUUCUCUUCGAGUGCUGAAAUAUUGAUGUUUUUUGUUCCUAUUAUUGAUACGACAUUGAUGGCUAAUUGGUGGUGAUGAAAUAAGUGAAAAAAAAAAACGAUAUGAAAUAAAUUCCGGAGUGAUAACUGGUUCGUCAUCACGAGUUAUGAAACAAACCAACGAAAUACGUAUUUAAAGAAACAUUUGCGUGUACAAUAAGGUGCACCGGUACUUCUUUCUCAUCGAAGAAAUAAAAUGACGCUGCGUCGAUGAGGGACCACACGGUGUGAAAUAUCAAUCUUCAUUUUCGUCGAGAGAGUGAAAAAAUACUAACAAAGACAUGGAUUUCCAAGGGGCCAAAGUUAUACAAUGGCUCAAUGAAUUCAGAUCGCGUUUUCAUCUUUAUCUUCAUUCUCAUAAUAUUGGUACGACGAGAGCAGAAAAUGGGGGGGAUCCCCCGGGUAACGAGGAUCGACCAUCGACUCAUCAGCAGGAAGAGCACGAAGAGAGAAUAGUAUUCAUAAAUGCACCGCAUCAACCGGCCAAAUACAGAAACAAUCACAUAACCACGGCCAAGUACUCUUUUCUCUCUUUCAUACCUUCGUUCCUCUUCGAGCAGUUCCGUCGUUACAGCAACUGUUUCUUCCUCUUCAUAGCCCUCAUGCAGCAAAUACCCGAAGUUUCACCCACCGGACGUUAUACAACUUUGGUUCCGCUGAUUUUCAUUCUCAGCGUGUCAGCGCUCAAAGAGAUAGUCGAAGACAUUAAACGACACAGAGCCGAUGAUGAAAUAAAUAUGAGGGAAGUCGAAGUACUGAGGGAUGGAAAAUGGCAAUGGAUUCAGUGGAGAGCCAUCGCCGUUGGAGAUGUUGUCAAGGUGCACAACAACAAUUUUUUUCCUGCAGACCUCAUACUCUUGUCCUCGUCCGAGCCUCAAGGAAUGUCUUUCAUUGAGACGGCGAAUCUCGACGGCGAAACGAAUCUGAAAAUUCGACAAGCUCAUCCGGAAACCGUUUACUUAUUGGACACCGUGGAAUUGAUGAAUUUUAAAGCUAACAUUCAGUGCGAACCGCCAAAUAGACAUCUCUAUGAAUUCAAUGGGAUUUUGCGCGAGACAAAUAAGCAAAGUGUAGCACUGGGACCCGAUCAACUUUUGCUUCGUGGUGCAAUGCUCAGAAACACCAGAUGGGCAUUCGGUGUUGUAAUCUAUACGGGUCACGAUACGAAACUGAUGCAAAACAAUACGGCGACAGCUCCAUUGAAACGUUCGACUCUCGAUAGAAUGACCAAUACCCAAGUCCUCAUGCUCUUCUUUAUCUUACUCUUGCUAUGUCUGCUCUCUGCUGUAUUCAACGUUCUUUGGAUGAAUGCGAAUUACGAAGGUCUUUCGUACUUAGGAAUUCCAAAGGAAUCCUUGAAAAGUUUUCCCCUCAAUCUUCUCACGUUCAUCAUUCUUUUCAACAAUCUCAUACCCAUAUCGUUACAAGUUACCCUCGAAGUGGUGAGAUUCGUUCAGGCAACCUUCAUAAACAUGGAUAUCGAAAUGUAUCAUCCGGAAACGGACACACCGGCGAUGGCAAGAACAAGCAAUUUGAACGAAGAAUUGGGAAUGGUUAAUUAUAUAUUUACCGAUAAAACUGGUACACUGACGAGAAACGUAAUGGAAUACAAGCGAUGUUCGAUAGCCGGAAAAAUUUACGAUUCGGCGACGUUUACGGAACCUGGGCAAAGCUCGACACAGCGCGCGAGUGAAUUGGUCUCCGAUAUAAUCGAAGGUCGAACCAAGCACGAUCAAUCCGGGAUAAAUGAUAAGAAAAAAUCCUUGUCCGCGGAUAUUUUGCACGAGUUCAUGGUAAUGCUGUCCGUUUGUCAUACCGUCAUACCCGAAAGACAAGAGGACGAAAUAAUAUAUCACGCAGCAUCGCCUGACGAGAGAGCGCUGGUGGACGGUGCGAGAAAAUACGGCUACGUGUUCGACACGAGAACGCCUGCCUAUGUGGAAAUAGUCGCAUUGGGCGAACGUCUGCGUUACGAGAUUCUCAACGUGAUAGAAUUUACAUCGGCAAGAAAAAGGAUGUCGGUGAUCGUGAGAACGCCCGAGGGUCGUAUUAAGUUAUUUUGUAAAGGCGCCGAUUCCGUUAUUUACGAAAGACUCUCUCCUCAAUCGCCGGAAUCUCUCGAUUCCGAAAUUUCCCCGAGCUUCGAUGAUUUUCGUCAAGCGACUCUCGAUCAUCUCGAAGCCUUUGCGACCGAAGGCCUCAGAACUUUGUGCUUCGCUUUCGCCGACAUACCCGAAACUCGUUAUCAAUGGUGGCGUGAGCUUUACCGCAAAGCUGAAAUUAGUAUAUCGAAUCGUGAUACCAAACUCGAAGAUGCUGCGAACUUGAUCGAAACAAAAUUAACUCUUCUGGGAGCUACCGCCAUCGAGGAUCGAUUGCAAGAUCAAGUUCCCGAAACUCUGCUUGCUCUAAUCGAGGCUGACAUCAACGUUUGGGUGUUAACAGGCGACAAACAAGAGACCGCCAUCAAUAUUGGGUAUUCUUGCAAACUAAUAACCCAAUCGAUGCCUCUGAUAAUCGUCAAUGAAAGUUCGCUAGAUAAAACGAGAGAGGUGAUCAACCAGCAUUGCGUAGACUUUGGCCAAGAUCUGCGUUGUCAAAAUGACAUUGGUCUGGUUAUAGAUGGUAAUAGUUUAAAGUAUGCGCUAACGUGCGACCUAAGAAGAGAUUUUCUCGAUUUGUGUACCUCGUGUAAGGUUGUAAUAUGCUGCCGGGUCUCACCGAUGCAGAAAGCCGAGGUGGUAGAUUUAGUGACGAGUAAUACGAAGGCUGUCACGCUUGCUAUUGGGGACGGAGCCAAUGACGUAGCGAUGAUUCAAAAGGCUCACAUCGGUGUCGGUAUUUCCGGUGUGGAGGGACUUCAGGCAGCCUGCGCUUCGGACUACUCGAUAGCGCAAUUCAAAUUUCUUAAGCGUUUACUGUUCGUUCACGGUUCAUGGAACCACAGUAGAAUGUGUAAAUUAAUUUUAUAUUCUUUUUACAAAAAUAUUUGCCUUUACGUGAUCGAACUGUGGUUCGCUAUAUAUUCCGGCUGGUCCGGACAAAUCCUGUUCGAGAGAUGGUCCAUCGGUUUGUACAAUGUGGUAUUCACCGCGGCACCCCCAUUGGCGAUGGGCCUUUUUGACAAAGUUUGUUCAGCCGAAACUCAUCUCGCACAUCCGAGAUUAUACGCUGCCAAAAACACAACCGAGGCCACAUUUAACAUUAAGGUAUUUUGGGUUUGGAUAAUUAACGCCCUGAUACAUUCUUCGUUGUUGUACUGGCUAUCCUUGCUCGCUCUCCAGCACGACGUAGUUUGGGAAAAUGGUCGAGACGGUGGUUACAUCGUUUUAGGAAAUUUUGUCUACACCUACGUGGUGGUGACUGUUUGCGGAAAGGCGGGGCUCGUUACGAAUUCGUGGACGUGGGUCACUCACUUAGCUACGUGGGGAUCGAUAAUACUAUGGUUUUUAUUCAUAGUUAUCUACAGUAAUUUUUGGCCAGCUCUGAAUGUUGGAGCAGUGAUGCUAGGGAACGAUAGAAUGCUCUUCACUUCUCCGGUAUUCUGGCUAGGCCUCAUACUCAUACCAGCUGCUGUUCUUCUCGUCGAUGUUACGAUCAAAGCGGUACAAAACACCAUGUGGAAGCCAUUGAGCGAAGCAGCGAGGGAGCAAGAAAUCAGAAAAUCAGAUCCCGGUGAUUUGUUCACGAAUCAGGAAUACAGAAGCUCAUUGACGGAGACGGCGAGGCUACUGAAAAACGUUAAAAGUGUUUUCACCAGAAGGUCUAACGCAGCUACGAGAGUCAAUGUCGAGGUCGAGCUAUCACAUGGUUUCGCUUUUUCGCAAGAAGAAGGCGGCUCGGUGACCCAGACAGACGUGAUACGGGCGUACGACACGAAUCUUCCGAAACCAGGCGGCAUGUGAUCUUACAAUUACUCGUAACUUUGUUUUUACGUAUGAAAGAGAAAAAAAUAACGAGAAAUAUUUCGUAAGAUCGGAGAACGGUCUCCAAGUUCACCGGAACGAAGAUAGUGAGUAAGAGAAAUGGGCGAAAGGCAAAAGAUACAUUACUACGCAACGCCGUCGAUUCAUCAUUUUCUUCUUCGCCACAUUCGCGUCACACAUCAAGCCUCAUUACGAUGUACAACGCGCUACCUCGGUUCAAGUGGUUUUUCUCAUACAUCGCUCAUCAGGAAUCUCAUCCAAACCUCUCCUCAAACACAAAUCAAUAGACAAAGCCGAUAUGAAACUGAUUACAAACCUGUGCAAUGCACACAAAUUAAUUCUCUUAUCUCGAUUAUAUCUAUUUCAAUCUUUUCAUCGUUAACCCAAAGAAAAGUAGUGGUUAUUCAAAGUGGUCGACGGCCGAUGAAACGUAUUUCAUCGUUUGCCGUUGUUUUUAUCCGGUACAACCAAUUUUUCACCUAUUUCUAUUUAUAACUCAAUUAUAUUUCGCGCUAUAAAGCAUUUUCAUCUGUUCUCACAUCAAAACUUUUCUGAUAGGGAGUUCUUUUCCUGAACGAGAAGCAAAGGCGCAUCCCGUUUUUUUUCUAUUAUUUAUAUAGGGGGGAAGCAUCUGUCAAAAACUGGACUGUUCUUUUGAUCCUUAUCUCGGAUAAAGUUUUUCCUUGACUUAUAACUGCGGGAUUGCGUUCAUUUUCAAAACUCGUAUAAAUGAGGCACUUUGUUAUGCACACAGGAGAACAUGAAAGUUGAUUCGCGAGCGUGAUCGAAAUUAUUUUUCUAGUCUUUUAAAUAUUAUUGUAGAGGAUGCUGGCCGAAUUCCUGUAUAAAUUUAUGUCAGCAAAUGAGAACGUAUACACAAUUGUCAAAUACUCGUUGCGUUAUGGGAAAACACAGAGAGAGAGAGAGAGAGAGUUUAAAAUGAGCAUUUUUUGAAAUUAUAUUAACCAAGAAAAAUUAUAUGUGCGUGCAUUAGGUGUAUUCAAACGAAUAGUUUUUUGUGUUUUGAAAACGCAGGAUCGUUAUUAUUUUGAGACAUUGAGUUUAUCGCCGAGUGGUCGUUAAUAUAGAUUUACUACGACAAGAGCAUUCUCUGAGAGCUCUUUACGUAAAGAGCUGAGCAACUAGUUCUCAAAAAAAAACUAUAUUUUACAUAAUACAAAAAAAAUGAUAAAGAAUUAUAGGACUAUUGAAUUUUCGACCUCUUACGCUAUAAGCGAGUGGCGAAUUUAUUCGGUCAAAUGAACAUUCAAUUUAUUGGAAAACAAGAGACUGUUUCAUCCAAAAAUCUUGUCGUUAUCAUUUUCAUCACUAUUUUUUUAUUCCAAGUCAUUCUAUACCGUACAAUACUCCAUUUAUAUAUACCCAUAGAAAAAAAAACUUUGCCAAUUCGCAUUGAUGAUUCAAUAGCUGUCUGCAUUUCUGUAUCUCGUCAGUUAGGUUCAAACAUUUGUUUUUUGUUUGUUCGUUUUUUCGACUAGUUUGACCGAAAUAAUUUACGAUGAGGAUGAUCGACGAAUGUUGUAUACACAUUGUUCAAAAUAAAAUGAUACUAAAUGAA